AUGUCGAGCCGAUUCUUCCGUGCGAUUUCUGACUCGGAAUCUGAUUCUUCUGAGGAGGAAGAGCUGCUGUCGGAUGAGGAGCAGACCCAGGUGAAGUCGAGUACAAAAAAGGGAGGCGAUAGUGAUGAGGACAGCGACGAAGACGAGGACGAAGACAGUGAUGAGGACAGCGAUGAGGGCGACGCCCCAGCCUCGUCCGCACCUCGCAAGCCGAUGUCUCGAUUUAUGCGGGAUGCUGAUGACAGUGACAGUGAGAGCGAGGAGGAAGCUCCGAAGGUGAUCAAGAGUGCGAAAGAUAAGCGUCUGGACGAGUUCCACGCCAGUGUGCACUCCAUUGAAAACGCGCAGCGCAUCGACGACUGGAUUACGAUAUCGAAAGAAUUUGAUAUGCUGCUGCGCUUGUGUGAUCGACAGCGCACGCUUAAUGAGGUGAUCCCUCCUGCGUACAUCAAAUGUAUGGCGUCCUUGGAAACCUUCCUUGCCGAGAGCCUAGCGAACAAGGAGGCUACGAAGAAGAUGAAGGCCCCGAAUGCUAAGGCGAUGAAUGGUAUGAAGUCCAAGGUCAAGAAGAUUGUGAAAGAGAACGAGACUGCGAUCCAGCAGUACCGUGAGGAUCCAGCUGGCUACGAAGCCAAAGUCCAAGAGGCUCAGACCACUACGGCCAUGCCAGAGGUGCCGCAACUGAAGCCCAAGGCAGCCGCGACAGCGCCUGUCGUGGCGCCGUCCGUGGAGGCGGAAGAUAGCGCCGACUUCCAGACGGUGGGCCCCGGUGGCAAGGCGGUCAUGACGUCCGAGGCGCUGUUCAAGGGUUUGACGGCGGUUCUCGAGGCGCGUGGACGUAAGAGUACGGAUCGUAAUGAGCAGAUCAGCACGCUGACCAAGCUGUACGAGGGUGCGCAGACGCCGUACCAGCGCAUCCGUGUGCUGCUGACCCUCGUGGCUGCUCGCUUCGACUACAGUACGUCGGCCAAUACGUAUAUGCCCGUGGAUAUGUGGAAACAGGCGCGUGAAGAGCUCAACACGCUGCUUCGAGUGCUGUUUGAGAACUUAGCCUACUUGGUGCUUGAGGAGACCGAUGACUAUGACGACGAAGUCGAGCGCAAGCCGAACGAGAAUGGCGAAGGCGCGUUUGUGCCGAUCCGUGGUAGUGUGGUAUCGUUCAUUGACCGUCUGGAGGACGAAUUCACGAAGAGCUUGCAGAAUAUUGACCCGCAUGCGACCGAGUACGUUGAGCGCUUGUGCGAUGAGAAGCUGCUGUAUCAGACGAUCGUAUUCGGCCAGAGCUACUUUGAGACGGUGCUGGCGCAGCCCUUACCUGAGAAGAUGGCGCACACCGUCGCUGAGCCGCUUCGUCGCUGUGUGAUGCGCCGCCUAGAGUUGAUCUACUCGAAGCAGGAUGUGAUCAUUGACGCUCUGGAGACGUCGACGCGCGAGGCGCUGCCGGAUCUGCCUGCAUCGCGCAUUGUGCCACCGUUCGACAGUAGCCGCAGCGACGGUGCCAUGCAGCUGGUGCACGCUCUGUGUGUGUACUUGUAUGAGCGUAUUGACGACGCCAGUGAGCGCCAGCGUACGCGUGCGAUCUUGUGCCAUGUGUAUCACCACGCCUUGCAUGCCGACUACCAUGUGGCGCGCGAUCGUUUCUUGAUGAGUCACCUGCAAGAGUCGAUCCACAUGGCGGAUGCCGAGACGCAGAUCCUGUACAACCGUGUGUUGGUGCAGCUGGGUCUAUGUGCGUUCCGUGUGGGUCUGGUCCGUGAAUGUCACACGGCGCUGCAGGAGAUCCUCGCCACAGGCCGCUUCAAGGAGUUGCUCGCGCAGGGUGUGUCGAAGGGCACCAUGUACAACAGCGUUUCGACGGAGCAGGAGAAAUUCGAUCGCCAGCGUCAACUGCCUUUCCACAUGCACAUCAACCUCGAGCUGCUCGAGUGCGUGUACCUCGUGUCGAGCAUGUUGCUCGAGGUACCUAAUAUGGCGUACGCUGGCUCGGACCUCGAGCUGCGCAAAAAGGUGAUUUCUCGGCCGUUCCGUCGCAUGUUGGACUACACGGACCGGCUUGUGUUCUCAGGCCCGCCGGAGAACACGCGGGACCAUAUCAUGCAGGCGAGCAAGGCGCUCCAAAGCGGCGAGUGGAAGCGGUGUGUUGAGCUGAUCCAGUCGAUCAAGAUCUGGAAGCUGCUCCCGCAGAAAGACGCCAUCCUUGAGGUCUUUGCCCGGCAUAUCCAGCAGGAAGGCCUGCGAACAUAUCUGUUCAACUUUGUGUCGUAUUACGACGCGCUCUCGCUCACGCAUCUCGCCACCAUGUUUGAGCUGCCUGUGUCGACGGUGCGCUCGAUCAUCAGCCGCAUGAUCUGGAACGACGAGCUGCCUGCGUCGAUCGACCCGAUCCACAACGUGGUCGUGUUCCGCCGCACGGAACUUAACCGUGUGCAGCAGCUGUCGUUGGCGCUUGCUGAGCGUGCGAAUGGCAUGCUCGAGCAGAAUGAGUGGCUCCUGGACGCCAAGACGGAUGAUCAUACCCGCCCGGGCCAGCACGGCAGCGGCGACCGGCAAGGCGGCGCAGCGGGCGAUGCGGACGAUCGCCGUGAUGGUCGCCGCAAGGGCGGCCGUGGCGGCCGUGGCGGUGGUCGUGUCCCGCUUCAGUCGCAUGUACUUAGUCAAAAAGCCUAG